UCAUUCGUUUUUCUAAUGGAGAAACGAAAAAUCUGUGUUAGAGUAGCGAAAAUCGGAUUGUUGCGAUUCGCUUCAUAGAAAAUACUAUAAGCUUAUAUUUCGCUCUGCUUGUCCAUUUUGCAACUAAAUGUGUUGUUCUUUUCUUUAAUCGUUCUGUUUCCAAUUUUUGACUCUAAUUUUUGAUAUUAUCGAAAUGUGUUCUCAUGUUGUACUUUUGUUUCCCAAGAAUUCCGUUUCCAAUCUCCAAAAAUACCAAACACAUUGAACAUGAUGGGCAACACCUCAAAUGAUAUCGCCCUGAUAAAUAAACAGCUCAACAACUUGCCGUUUGUUUAAAAGAUCCGAAUUUCAUUUGUCGUUGUACCCUUGAAAGUGUGUGACCGACGUUGAGUUGCGUUGGCUUAUCACAACGGAAUUCGUACAUAAACAUUUGCAUCAAAUGUUGCAUGCACAUUACAAAUAAUCGUGUGGUGGAUGUGUGAAAGAGCCAAAUAUCACGAACAUGUUGAUCUUGUGCAUCGCUGUGCUAGUCAUUUUGAAAGAUGUGCCAUGCACGGUGAUGACAGAGCUGCUUCAAUUCAUGUACCAAGGCGUGGUGAAUGUCAAACACACCGAAUUGAAUUCGUUUAUGAAAAUUGCACAGCAGCUUCAGAUCAAAGGGCUUCACACAUCAUCGAAGCAAGAGGUGCACCAAAGUCAAUCACAUCAUCAUGCACAGAAAUCACCAUCCAGCCCGGUCGGCAGUUACAGUUCGAAAAGUGCAAUUGACAACUACUCGAAUGCAUUCCACUCGAGUUCAUUGAUUGGACAAAAACGUGCAGCGCUCGACUAUAGCAGUGGCCAUAGUGAAAGUGCAACAUCGAAAAAACAUUUGAAACGAUCAUCGGAUAGCGUUGACAAUGACAUUAGCGCCGAAUCCAUGGAAAAUCUGAGCUCCGAAGAUGGUUUUCCCAUUCCACAAAUUUCAAUGAUCGAAUCCGGACGAUUCGAUUUGUCCAAUGUGAAACGAGAAAGCGGUGAAUCGCCCAGUAGCAAUAGAAAUCUCGCGGCACCAUACAACUUCGAAUAUAGCCGUUUGGCAAAUGCUGGAAGCAGCACGGGCGCAGGAAGCAGCUCAUCAUCAGCCAUUAACGCCAACCACAUGGAUAUUCCAACCGGUGGAAAUAUAACGAUGCUUUCGUCGACAUCGUUAUUGCAUGGCAAUUGCAUUUUCAAUCGCAAUAAUACAGUUGCUACUCAGCAAGGCAUGAAAACCUAUUGGUUGUGCAAAUCGUAUCGAAUAACAAUGUGCAGAGCACGGUGUAUAACGCAUCAGAGCCGUGUAAUAUCGGCCACUGGAAUGCAUAACCAUCAACCGCAUAUGAAAGGAUCUUAUCAAAAUUCGGAGUUCGUUCAAAAUGGUAGUGCAACGAAUGUGUCGAAUAAUGGCCACAGUAUAUCGGUUUCAAUGAGAUUGCCGUUCGUGAUUCCUGCAACAGUCUCUUCAACACCAGCCACUGAGAAUCAAUCUUCAGCUCAAACAAAUAUCCUAUUACCAGUGACGUCACAGCAUCAGGAUGUGUCGAAUCAUAUGGUCGGUGAGACUCAAUCGCAAGAACCGAAUCAUACACAUGUUCACCACCAUUUGCCACCAGUGAGCCAAUCUCAACAUCAUCAUAGUGAACAUAUGCCACAGUCAUCAACCUCUUCGUCUUUACUGCAAAAUAUGAUGCAAAACGCGAUGUCCCACAAUAAUUUGAUGAAUAUAACGAAUAUGGUGCCCAUUCUGAAUCCAAUGCAAAGCCAUACACAUUUGACACAUAUGCAUAGUUCGCAACUAUCGAAUGAAUUACACCCGACGCCUAGUCAAGGCCAUGAAAAUAGCCAGAAUUUGCACAGUCCAGAUUCGCCGCGAAAUUCUAUGCAUCAUGCUCAGCUUGUUAGAGCGCACAUGUCGGUUGAUGCUAACCGAAUGCCACCGAAUCACUCACAAUCGGGCAGCUCAAUGCACACACAUCAACAACAUCACCAUCAUCAUCGGGCGACGCAAUCCAGUGAAAGCAACGACCACGCCGUUAGACUGUCACCUCCCAAUGAUACACAACUUCAACAAGACCAAAUCACUCCCGAUUCCAAUCCGGCCGUUCAUCUUUCACUCGGAAGUGACAUGAACAAUUCACAGUCUUUUAAACUUGAACAUAUUUAGUUUACUUCCAGGAAAUAAGCGUGAAAAAUAGAAAAAAAAACUAUCUUCAAGUAGAAUGGAACUCAUUUAGAAUGUAAAAAUAUCCGUCUAGAGAAUGUUUGCUAUACAUCGUUACCAUUCGUUAGAGUCAAGUGAUUUGAAUAUGUUAUAAAAUAAUUUCUAAAGUAGAAUGGGACAUUAUUUUGUUAUGUAAUUUAUUUAGAUCGUUCGAGAAAUCGAUCAUUAUGAGCCAGUAGAUUUUAAGACUUCUUUUGAUUGGGAUACACAGUUUCAAACUCGAUCUACUUUAAUUUUAAAUAUAUAAUACAUCAAUUUGAUUUGGUCGAAAUAAUCAACGAUUAUUUUAAA